AAACUCUAUUUCUUUCCUUUUUGUUUCUCUACUGAACAGAAGACAACAAGAGUAGAGAGAGCCAGAGAGGUGUACAACUAGUCUACACAAUACACGCUAGCAUAAGGAUCAGACACAAUUCCCUAGAAACCGCCCAAAAGCUUCCUGCUUCGGCUUUGGCCUUGUGAUUAUUAUUAUUAUUGGCUCCCAAAGAUUUUCUUUUCUUUUCUUUUCAUCAUUCAGAAGGAGCAGAGAGAAAUAAAUUCCCUUGGCGAGAUUCUUGUGGAGAUGAGUUAGGUGUCAGGACCAGUCAUAAAUUCUGCCUGUUCUUCCAGAUCUGUUCCGUGCUGUGCUUCGCUUUGCAACGGGAAGAAAUUCUCUCGGCCCAGGACAGGGCGCUCUCCCUGCUUCGAGUAGGAGGUUGUGAGCUUCGGUUCUUGGGAGAAAUCUCUGGUCUAGGCAUGGGUCGUCGCCAGAGCCCAAUCUCGCCGCUCAGAGUUUCUUGAUUUGUUCAGAGUUUCCAUUUCUCGCGCAGAAAGUUUGUUCCUUACAAAAGUUGAUUCUUUUUUCUUCAGGAUUUUGUGUUUGAGUCGUGUUGAUUUCUCCUUGUGCGAGUCCACUUCUAGCGGUGAGCUUGUUCCUGAAUCCCGUAGUGUUCAAAGCAGAAAUCGAGUUCGUGCUUAAAAAUCCUCAUUUUCCUUGGUUUCUGGGCAGCACAAUCACAUCUCCGUUCUUACUUAAAUCUCGCGACAGCUCACAGCUUUCCAUACUCGUUUCCUGUCUCGAUUUCCUCGUAUCUUCCAGGUCGGCUCUUGCUCAUCUUUCCCGAUUUGUUCCUGAGAGUGAGAGCCUAUAAAAAUUCCACCUUUUCCUCUUUCCACUCCACGGGGUGCUGUUUUGCUUGGUGAUUUCUUCUCGCAAUGGGCAACGUGUUCGCGUGCAUGCCGCACAAGGAGCACCGGGGCGCGGCCGCGGUGUCGCGCAGCAAGCGGAUGGGGAGCGCGCGGUCGGCGCGCGGCGCGCCGAAGCUGACGCCGGCGGAGGAAGAGCUGCUGCACCGCCAGGCGCUGGCCAUGGCCAUCCACCAGCACCUCGACGCCGGCGGCUCCAUGUCGCGCCGCAUCGACGCCGGAGCCUCCCUGUCCCGCCGCAUGGGGCCUGGCUCCACCAGCUCCCGCCGCCGCGGCGACCUGCCGGAUUCUGUCACGAAUGCCAAGACCGCCCAAAUUGUUCUGGAGAACUUGGAAACAAAGAAAAUUGUCCUUGUUCAUGGAGAAGGAUUUGGUGCUUGGUGUUGGUACAAGACCAUCUCUCACUUGGAGGAAGCUGGUCUUGAUCCUGUUGCCUUAGACCUCACAGGUUCUGGCAUAGACCAUACUGAUACAAACAGCAUAGCUACAUUAGCAGAUUACUCCAAGCCAUUAAUCGAUUACCUUGAAAAACUUCCUGAGAAUGAGAAGGUUAUUCUGGUCGGCCAUAGUUGUGGAGGUGCAAGCGUGUCAUAUGCAUUAGAACGCUGCCCCAAAAAGAUAUCAAAGGCUGUAUUUCUUACUGCUACCAUGGUAAAGGAUGGCCAGCGGCCCUUUGACGUGUUCUCAGAGGAACUUCGUUCAGCAGAUGUUUUCUUGCAAGAAUCGCAGUUUUUACAUUAUGGAAAUGGAAAGGACAAGCCUCCUACUGGUCUCAUGUUUGAUAAACAGCAGAUCAAGGGGCUCUAUUUCAACCAAACUCCUUCCAAGGAUAUGGCAUUAGCCGCUGUAUCGAUGCGGCCCAUCCCUCUAGCCCCAAUCAUGGAGAAGCUCUCCCUUACCCCUGAAAACUACGGCACUGUCCGCCGCUACUUCAUCCAGACGCUUGACGACCAUAUGCUCUCGCCUGAUGCCCAAGAGAAGCUGGUCCGCGAGAACCCACCUGAUGGCAUCUUCAAGAUAAAGGGCGGCGACCACUGCCCCUUCUUCUCGAAGCCGCAAUCCCUCAACAAGAUCUUGCUCGAGAUCGCACAGAUCCAGGCUCCGGUGACACUGUUCCCAGGCAAAGCAGGCGCAGAGGAAACUGCCGUCGCGAAAUCAUGACUGCAUGUAUAUGAAAUGAGUAGCACAUAGGUUGCAAAAGGCGAUGCCGGGUUUAAUUGAAAUCAGCUGUCAGAUAAUAAUUUAGGAAGGUGAAAUGUUCAUUUCUUCUGUGAUCAAGUAUAGAGAAUGAGAUAUUGUCAGAUAGUUGCCUUUUACCUUGUGAAUCAAAUAUGAAGUCAGAACAAAUCUUACAGUCUGUGAUGUGCAUGGCUGCCGAGCUACU